GUCGCAGCUCUACGCAUGCCCUUUUCCGGGCCGGGCUCAGUCCCUGAUCCUCCCGUGAGGCUCCUUGCUGCCGCGUGUCAGGCCGUAGGAGCCCAUGGAGGGAGAGGAGGAUAAGCAGCAACAGCAUAAAAUAGAAGAUGCUGGUAUAGUGUAUAUAACUGAAAAAAAAGAAGAAAUCAAACGUGGAAAAAAACCUGGAAAAAGUAUACAGCAUUCAAAUCCAUGUGUCAGGAGAGGACGUAUAUAUUAUGCGAAAUUCAUUAACACAAAUGCAAGAACGUGCAAUGAACCAGUUCCCUACAUAGAUCCCAAAAAAGGGCCAGAAGAGCAGGGUGACUGGUGGUCACAUGGUAAAGGACUGGAACAUCCCUUGCAACCACCUUAUGACACUAAGAGCACCCAGAGGAGUGACUUUCAAAAACCAUCGUGUCCGCCGGUUUUGCCAGUGAAACACAGCAAGUUGCAAAAGCCUUCUUGUGGAAUAGUUCCACUUGCCUCUCCUGAUGCAUCAGCAGAACUUCAAAAGAAUUUUAUAGAACGCAUCUCCUUUAUCCAUCAAUUUGAUGCCAGGAAAACUCCCGGUGAGCCCAUUCGGGGAAAGCGACAUGGAGUUUUUGUACAGACAGAGAUAAAACCAGGGAGUAGGCCAAUAGUUCCUAAGGGAACAGAGGUAUUACUGAAUGCUCCACGGUCAUGCUCGUCAGAACAGUCCAAAAAAACAGAGAAAGGAAACUCAGCGGAAAGCAAAAUGAUCUCACCCGGUCUCUGCCGACAAAAUUCCCAAGAGCUGUUAGAGACUAAAACUCACUUAUCAGAAACAGACGUCAGAGAGGCAGCCAAGGCCUGCCCCAGCAGUCCUGAGAGAAGGGAGAAGACUGCAGACAUCCUUCAAAUGGCUGCAGCAGAUGCUCUGCUCACCAGGCGCAAUCCUUUAAAUCCACCAGUAAAAAGUCAGGAUAAAUCAGGAUAAAUUACCUUCUAGAGAUUCAAACAGAAUCCUUGGAAUGUAGAGAAAUUUCAGAAUCAUACAGGCCCUUGCAUUUGCUUUUUCUGUUGUCAAGAACCUCAGAACAUACAAUUUACACAAAUGGAAAAAUGAAAAGAAGACAAUUAAACUAUAGCAAAAUUUUAAGAGUGGGCUCCAAUGAGUGAUGGAUUGUGAGACAUAUUUCUAUGUCAUAUUAUUUAUAAACAAAACAACUUUGUUUUGCACAGAAGUAAAUGUAAUUAAUGAAUGUUGUAAAACUUUUAGAGGAGAGGCCUAAUAAAUAGUCAUUAGUUACGGCUCUGGAAUCAAACAAACUGGGACUGGAAUUUUGGCUCCACAAUAUGUGU